UCGGGCUGGAAAGAGAGAAACGGGAGGCCCGGACUGCGAGCCUCCGCGCCGAACGGAAACUAAUAAGUUGACAAGUUUCCCCCAAAGGGCGAGCAUCACACCCACAUACGCGCUUUGCUUGAAUUGAUUCCCUCUUCAAGAGUGUUUUAUUUUCAUUCCCAGUCAUUCCUUUUUCAGACACUCAUUCUAGACCAAACUUGCCCAUAGACACUCGUUGUAGAAACACAACACCCGCGCCAGUUUGGAUAAGGCAACAAUUCAAUAUCCACCAUCACCAAAAGAAGAAGAAAAGAAAAAAAAAAACACCAUGAAGCUCUCCCUCCCCCUCCUCCUAGCCCCCCUCGCCGUCCUCGGCCUCCCCACCACCGACAACACGGCAUCGCCCUCUCACCACGCCGCCCGCGGCACGGGGCCGCACGCCCACCACGCCGCCGCCCACCUCCUCACCCGCCAAUCCCCAACCAGCAUCGACAAGCUCUUCAAAGCAAAGGGGAAACUCUACAUUGGCGUCUCGGGCGACAACGGCAUCAUGCAGCAGGGUAAGACCGCCGCCGUCAUCCAGCAGAAUUUCGGCCAGGUGACGCCCGAGUACUCCAUGAAGUGGGACGCCACAGAGCCCACGCGGGGCAACUUUGAUUUCACAAACUCGGAUUUCCUCGUCAACUUUGCGCAGAAGAAUGGCAAGAGCGUGAGGGGGCAUACCUUGCUCUGGCAUCAGGCUUUGCCGGCGUGGGUGUCGGCCAUCAAGGACAAGGCGACCAUGACCAAGGUGAUUGAGACGCACGUCAAGACGAUUGUGGGAAAGUACAAGGGCAAGAUCAGGUCUUGGGACGUCGUUAACGAAGUCUUCAACGACAACGGCACGAUGCGCAGCACAGCCUUCUCCAACGUCCUGGGCGAAGCCUACAUCGGCAUCGCCUUCCGCGCCGCGCGCCUCGCGGAUCCCGCGGCGAAGCUGUACAUUAACGAAUACAACCUCGACAACGCCGGCUGGGGCAAGGUCACGGCCUUGGUGAGCAAGGUGAACCAGUGGAUCGGGCAGGGUAUCCCCAUUGAUGGCAUUGGCUCCCAAGCCCACCUGGCAGCAAACAUGUCAGGCAACAUCCAAGCCGCCCUCGAAGUCCUCGCCCGCUCCCGCGCCUCCGAAAUCGCAAUCACCGAGCUCGACAUCCCCGGCGCGCCGCCCAAUGACUACGCCACCGUCGUGGCCGCCUGCCUCAACGUGCCCAAGUGCAAGGGCGUCACCGUCUGGGGCGUCAGCGACAAGCAGUCGUGGAUGGCCACCGCCAAGCCCCUGCUGUUUGACGAGAACUGGAACCCCAAGCCUGCGUAUAACGCCAUUGCUGCGAGGUUGCGUAAGUGAGGGCGAACCUCAGGGGAAGCAAGAGAUUGAGGAUUGGUAUCAACCGUAGGAUUGGUAUUUGUAUUAGAAAGCUCUGUUAUAUACCUGAUACAUAAAACGAGACUGUGCUCUCCAAGC